GGCCAGGCUACGACUACGUCUGUGCAAGCGAUUGAUUGACUUAGACCUCGAUCUGGUCUAGAUCUAUUUAGAUCUGUAGACUCUAUAUAUUAUUUGAUAUCGAAAAGGAGGGGCGUUUAUAGCUAUACUACUGAGUUACUCAAAUCCACCACAGUGCUUAACACACUUUAUAAAGUCUAAAAGGCCAAGUGAACAACAAUGUCUAAUAUUACAAGUUUUAUGAACACGCUAUUAGCUGACUACAAGCAACUUCGAGGUAAAAGCAAAGACAGUGGUGGUAAAAAGUUUUGGGAUUUGGUUGUCAUAACAACAGCAGAUAGAGCCCAAGAAGAAGCUUUUCAACGUCAGAUAGAUGAAAAGUUCUCAAGAAAUGAGCUUCCUUUAGAUCUUCCGAUACAUGUAGUUUCUGACCCACCAGGAGUUAGAAUAGGAAAUGGUGGUUCAACCCUUACAGCCUUAGAGUUCUUGGAAAAUAAGUAUGGUGCAAAAGUUUUUCAAAUGAAGAUAUUGCUGAUACAUGCAGGAGGCUGGAGUCAAAGAAUGCCAAGUGCUUCCGUGCUGGGCAAAAUAUUUUCUCUUCUCCCUCAUGGUACGCCACCAUAUCAGAUGUUAGAUUUAAAGCUGGCUCUUUACUGGCCAUUUGUUGAGAGAAUUGGACCUGGAGUUUUCCUAGUAUGUGCUGACGAUUUCAUUGUUUACGGCUAUGGAGAUGGGGAGGAGUGGACAAUCCCUGAAAAUGGCUUCACUGCUCUGGCACAUCCUUCCCCAAUAGAAAUCGGAAGGACACAUGGAGUAUUUGUGGUUGAUGGCGAUGUUGAUGCCAAUAUACCUGUUCAAAUAAGAGAAUGCCAGCAGGCUUUACAAAAGCCCAAUGAUGAAACAAUGAUUGCUAAAGGAGCACUAAUAAAUGGAUAUGCCCACAUUGAUGGACAAGCAGUAUAUACAGACAGCUCUUUUUAUUUUGGUGUGGAUGUGAUGAAAAAAUUGUUGGAUUUUAAGAGAAGCGUGGGAGAUCUUCAUUGUGAGAUUGAUGCUUAUGGAGACUUCUUGCAAGCUGUCGGCUCUCGAGCUAGCAAUGAUUACAUUCACCAGACCACCAAUGUUAGUCAGCUGACGUCAAAUUUAAGUGAAAUGAGAAGUCGAGUGUUUAGAUGUUUGAAUGGCUCAGAUUUCCAUGUGCUUGUUCUCAAUGCUUCUGCUUUCAUUCAUAUAGGCACAGCAAAGGAACUUUUACAUCACUUCUGUGAGGAUAAUAUUUUUAAAGAAAGAAUGGGGUUUGAGAAUAAUAUUUUCAAUGGCUUGACUCGUUUUAUUAGUGAUUCAGAUACAAUUGAAUGUUAUUGUAUGUCUCCAGAUCUGCUUAUCCCUUCUAAUGCAUGUCUUAUGCAUUCUCUGAUUCAUGCCGACUCAGAAAUUGGUGAACAAUGUGUAAUAGAAUAUUGCGAUUUCGAAUAUCCUGUUCACGUCAUGCCAGGAUGCAUUGCCAGUAAUUGCCAACUUGUCAUGAGAGAAGCAUCACUGGACAAUUAUAACAUACCAAUAGACUGCUUCCUGCACACUAUCCCAGUUCAAGUGAACAAUGAAACAAAAUAUGUAAGCAUAUUUUUCAAAACCAACGAUGAUCUGAAGAAAUCAAUCUCUGUUAACGACCUUGAAAAUUUGAGUUUUAUGGGUUCCAACAUACGUCAUUUUCUGCAUACACAUAACCUACAAAAAGAAAAUAUUUUGCCUCAUGUUCAGGGUGAUUUCAAUUCCUUUGAGAAAUUCAAUCUUUGGAAUUUAAAGCUUUACCCAGCUAAACUGACCAUGACCUCAUCUUUUGAAGCUGCCGUAUCAUCUCUCUCCUUACUGACCUCCCCUGAGCCACAAGAUUCAGUGCAUGUUAACAGCACAUCAGAAACCUAUUUGAGCUUAGCUGAUAUACUCAGCUCAAAAGAUGUGGAACAAAUGCUUGGUUUUAGAAAAACUUUGCAUGACAAACUGUCAAGAGUUAAUUCAAAUGGCCCAUAAUCUUAAUCCAUAUACAAAAAUGAUUCUUUAAUAAUAAACUGAAAAAAAUUCCAAAAUUAGAAAUAUACUUCUGAGUUACCGGUAUUGAUAAAAAUUAACUUCAUAAUAUUUCAGGUUUCAAUGUAAAAAAACAACUUAAUUGUACCAGUAUAUUUGUAUGUUUUAAGAAUUGAACAAAAAUAUUAACAGCACUUCUAUUAAUGGGUUAAAGUUUACACCUAUACUACUCAGUUACUCUUGGUUCAGCCUUAUAAUCUCCUUUGAUCUUUUAAUUUGAUGACUAUAUGCUAUUGUUAAUAUUGUUAAUAUUAUUCAAUACAAACCUCACAAACCAUAUUGGACACUUUGUUGAUAAAAAGACUUCUUACCAACUUCCAUUACCUCCUGUACCUCAUGUCUCACAUAUAAAUAGUGAGGGGCAAAAGUUAACAAAAAAGUUAGAAACUUUUAGUUUAAGUAAAAAAAAUUGUUAAGGCCAUUGUUUAACUAGAAAAAAAAAAUUUAGUUAAAAUCAUAGUUUAAUUAAUUUUUUAAAGUUACUAACUAAAAAGUUUAAUUAAAAUUUGUACAACUUUUCAACAUGUGGUCAGGGUUCAAACGCACAUCCCUGUUUUCUGGUCAUGUGAUAUCUAUAACUUUGAUUAUCAAAAAAAUGAUGCAGUUAACAACUAUUUAGUCAGUCUGCAUUUGAAGAGGGUAAAGUAAACAUUUUUUGCCAAAAGCUUCUAUGCAGUAGGCUAUUAUGAAUGGGAUUGUUCUGAAUUUUUUUAUGAGCCACCUGGUGGUGUUUAAUUUAUGUUUCUAGUGGGAAUCUGAUUAGUGAGUUAGGUCAAUAUUUAGUGGUUUUGAUCAAUUCAUUGCAGCAAACAAUAAUUUUUUAACUGCAGGAACAUCAACUACACCCUUUUUAUAGCCUUAAGACUUAUUAUUGAGAUCUAAGAAUCGACAGUUAGGCCUAUAUAGAUCUUAAAGCAUUAGGAUAACCAACUCCACACCCUCUCUUGACCAUAAGGUAAAUAGACUGUGUCCAACUGAUUUUAACAACCUGGUCAUCUAGACAUACACAUGACCACAUGUAGGCCUAGUGUACUGUACGUUUGUAGCCGAUGAUACUACAAGACUACCCUGCAUCUUUUUCAUGACGCGUUCUGCAAUAGUGUUUGCUUAAUGUGGAGUGGUCAGAUGAGGCAUGGCUUGUCAAGCAUGUUCUUUACACUAAAAUAGUUACACACCCUCCCAGCCCAGAAAGUAAAUAGACAGUCUGUCCAACUGAUUUUAACAACCUGGCCAGAUAGACGUACACGUGUAGGCCUAUAUAGUGUACUGAGUGUGCAGUCCAUAAUGACAAGAACACCUUUUUUUUCUCUCUUUUGCACAUUUAACGUUUAUGCAAUAGUGUUAGUUGUAUUUUUAGUGGUCAGACAAAAAAAAAAAGCACAUCGGCAUGGUUAGUCCAGCAUGUAUUUUACACUAUAAAAUAGUAAAAGGUAAAAUGUUUCUUAAAUCUCCAACAAUUUUGUUUUUAUUUUAUUGGUUACUAGAUCUAAUUUUUAAACUCUAAUUGUAUGUUAUUUAAUGAGAUUUUAAACUUUACUGGUAUAAGUAAUUAAAAUUUUCCGUUAUAUAAUAAGUUAAAUUCUUUUCUAAAGGUUUUAAUUGAAGAAAAUAUUUUUUAAAUUUUAUUGUGCAUUAACGUUUAUGUAAGAAACAUAUUCCUUAUUAUUGAUUUUAUUAUGGAUAAAUAUUUCUAGUUCAACCCCCGCCCCCCCCCCCCAAAAAAAAAAUAAGUUAUGAAAAGUUUGUUAUAGUUUUAUUAAUUUCCUUUAGUUUAACUAGAUUUUGAAAUUCAUGAUAAACUUUUAGUUUAACUACUUUAUUUUAGUUGAAAACUAGUUUUAGUUUAACUUUUAAAAGUUAGUUUAGUUGUGUGGUAUUAGAUUUGUUGUAUUUUAGUUAUAUUAGAAAAUUUACUUAUGGUUUAAUUUGGGAAGUAUAGGUUUGAACAUGUAAAUUAUAUUUACAUUUUUGAGUGUGAUAAUUUACUUUUGGUUUAUUUACAUUUACUGUCUGGGUUGCUUGAUGCACAGAAUACUAGUUUUCAAUAUAUCUUCUGCUAGAAUGUUAUCUUGAGUAAUUUUUUUGUAAAAAGAGCUCUGUUUAUUAUCAACUAACAUUCCUGUGUUUGACAAGUUUUUACAAUAAUAAUAUUUACAACAGAAUGUAUGAAUUUGUAAUAUUAAACUAUGAAAUGUCCCUGUUUCGAUUUACUUGCUUGUGUGAUAAAAAUGCCCUUUUAAGAGAACAUAUAACUAUUAUAUACAUGACAUAUUUUUUACAUUUGUCAACAUGGGAUAUUUUACAUUGUGUAUACAGCUCUUUCAAUUCUUAUUAACUAAUUAAGGGAUUUCAUGAGAAUUAAAAAUUAAACAGAUCGAAAACCAUA